AUGAGCGACACCAGCGGUCUCCGUAACUUCGCCGACCUGCUCCACCCCCGCCACGGCCGCCCCGCCGUGCCAAAGCCGGUGGCAGACGAUGUAACCACCCGAUACCAACUCUUCCCGGGGUUCCCUUCCAAAAAAACAAAGUCGCCGUCCCAUAUGAGCGACGCCGGACAGAUUUGGCCGCCGCCACCGCUCGACGACGAGGACGUCCUCACCGAGAUACUCUGCCGCCUGCCACCCCUGCCAUCCUCGUUCAUGCACGCAUCCCUCACCUGCAAGCUCUGGGGUCGCCUCGUCAACUCCGCCGCGUUCCGCUGCCGCGUCGUCGACCACCACCGCCACGCCCCGAUCUUCGGCGUCUACGAGAAGUACGCCAGGACGCUCCGCUUCAUCCCCGCCCUCCACGUUCCAGACCGCAUCCCUCCCAAGAGAUUCUCACUCAAGGUCGGCGCCGACGGCAGUGCCACUGUGGACCACUGGGACGUGCUUGAGUGCCGCCACGGCCGCGUCCUCGUCAUCAACCUCACCCGGCGCGAGCUCCUCGUCUUCGACCCCGUCUCGGGCGACCGCCGCGCCAUCGCCUUCCCGCUGGAUUUUCUCAACAACAUCUGCACUGCCAACGGAGCCGCGGUCUGGGAGGACGAAGGAGCAGGACACUCGAGUAAAUUUCGGGUGGUGCUGGUCGGCUUCUGGGGCGAUGGGGGCGAGGGAAAGGUUGCCGCCCGCGUCUACUCCUCUGAGACCGGCGAGUGGGGUGACCUCGUUGCGGCGCCUGACCGCCCGGAACCAUGCCUCGUUGGCCGUCUCCCGUGCACUCUCGUCGGCAAUGGCCUCUACUGGUGGCUGGCCGAGCCUUUGGGCUCCAUACUCCAGUUCGAUUUUGGUACCCAGAACCUAACCAUCAUCGACAAGCCUCCCAUCGCCAACAUCAACAUCGGCUGCAGCAGGAUCAUCCGGGGAAAGGAUGGCACUCAGCUGGGCCUCGCCGUGUUGUCUUACCCUACCUUGCAGAUCUAUGACCGCGAGGUUGGAUCUCAUGGUGCUCUCAUGUGGGUGCUGCGGAAGACGCUCCACAUGGACAAGAUCCUUGGUUUACCGACUCGGAUGGCGGACAGGGAUACAUUCAUUAGGGGGUACGCCGAGGAUGCCGGUGCCAUUGUUAUGUCGGCUCCUCACGGAAUAAGGAACGCUCUGUACAUAGUACAACUCGAGUCGAUGAAGCACAGGGAAAUCCAUGGAAACUUCUUCGAGAGCUCGUAUCAUCCGUUCGCAAAUUUCUAUAUAGGUCGGCCGUAA